AUGCUUAUAUCAUUUAAAAAUCGAUUUAAUGAAAAAUUAGAAGAUUUAAAUUAUUCAUAUUGUUAAGUUAAAACAGCAAUUUUUUAUGAAAAUAAUCGGAGUGUAUCAUAAGAGAAAAUAAUUUACAAUUUAUAAUUAGAUUAAAAUAAUAAGGCUUUUGAUUUGAGUUCUCUAUCUUUUAGUUUUGAUCCUUACAAUUAAGAUUAAUAAUUAUUAUAGAUAGGAUUAAAUUGUUAUUUUGAAUAGAGUUAUUAAAAAUUAUAAUAUUUAAUUUAUGCUAAAACUCUUAAAUGUUAAUUGGGAGAAUUCUAUAUUGAUAAAGGUUGUUAAAUUUGCUAAUCAAAUUAAGGAUUUUAUUCUGUAACAUAUAACACUACUAAAUGUUCAAUAUUUGAUAAAUAAAAAUUUGAAAAUAUUUCAUCUAAUUAAAUUAAAUUGUUAUCAGGAUAUUGGAGACCGAAUUAUCUUUCAGAUUAUACAGAAUAUUGCUUUAAAAACCCAACAUUUUGUAUCGGUGGUUGGGAUGUUGGACAUAAUUUAUGUAGUUUGGGUCAUAUAGGAGGAUUAUGCGAAGAGUGUGAUAUUUUCGAUUAAAGAGGGAAAGGAUAAUUUUAUAAAAAUUUAUCAGAUUUUUAAUGUUAAGAAUGCAAUAAAAUUUGGAAAAGUAUGUUAUCUUUUAUAUUUACUUCAAUAUGGUAUUAUUAAAUUAAUUAAUAUUAAGGUCGUUUCUUUCAAUAUUAAUAACUUUAAGAAGUAUUGAUAAAUCAAAUAAAUUGUUCUCACCUCUUAAGAUUGGAUAAAAGUAUAGUAAAAUCAUAUUUAAAUUAAAUUAAGGUAAUUUAAUUAUUAAUAUUAAUAGAUCAUGAAAGUAUUCUUAUCAAAAUGUUACUGAAUUAUCUUUGGAUAUUUUCAGUUAUUUUUAAUUUUAAUUUCAGAUUUUCUAUUUCAUUUAAUUUUAUUGAAUAAACAAGUAACAAAUUUUUUGUUAUGAUUCAUAAUUUGGAUUACUAUCUAUCUUAAAUCUAAAAUAUAGAAUUAAUCUAUUUAAGAUUAAUUUUUAUGUUAAUAUUGAGUAUUAUUCAACUAUUAAUUAUUUGAGCAGGAUUUACCAUUUAGGCAAAGUGCAAAAAAUAAUACUAAAUAGAGGUUUUAUUUCUAAUACCUUAUUAUCUUUAUAUGUGUCUAAUUAUACUGCUUUAAUUAAAUAGUAAUUAAAUACAUUAUAAUUUAGGUUCUGUUCCAUCAUUUCUAAUAGAUAAAUUUCAUAAAUUUCCUAUAUAUAAGGAGAUGUAUCUCUUCUAUAGGGAACUCCUAAUCAUAUAUCUUGGAUUAUUUGUUUGCAAUACCAGGCCUAUGAAUUUUUUGUCUCUUUAUCCCUUUCUCAUUAUUUGUUAUUAUGCACAUAAAUAGAGAAUAAUUGGAUAAAAUAAAACUCAGAAGACAUAUUUGCUAUUUAUAUAAUGAAUAUAAAGUUAUUAUUGGGAAUCAGUUAAACUAUCAAAAAAAAAAUUAUCAUCAUUAUAUUGACAUAAUUUUGAAGGUAAUAUUUUUUUUUAAAGCAUCACUUCUAGGAUUGUGUUUACUGGUAUAUUAAAUGGCAGCAGUAAAACAAAAACCUUAUAUUAUUUCAAAUUUGAAUUUCUUAGAUGUUUAAACAGGGUAAUUUUGUUCUAAUACUAUAUUCCUUGCUGGAGCAAAAUUAUGUAUGUGAGUAGGAAAAUUACUCAAAUUUAUCAUUGGUUCUUUAAAUUUGUAUAGCGCUUCUUUGUAUCAGAUUAUGUUACUCCUUUAAACAUUCUUUAAGUUUAUUUUAAAAAAUAUAAAGUACUUUGUGUCGAAGUAAUGUAUAAAAUUUCUAGAUUUUUAAAAGCAGAUUGUUUUCUUACUGUAUAUUUGAUUAAUCAACUCAAAAAACUAAAUUAAAGAGAAUAACGUCUAAGAAAUAAUUUUACAAAAAUAUGUUGUCAUUUAAUGUCAAUGUCAAAGGCUUAGAUAGGACAAACAAUCAGAUAUCGAUAGACUAUAAUAGAUGUAGAAAUGAACAAAUUGAUAAAUACUUGA